UACUCUUUCUUUUUAUUUGGUCCUCUGUAGACACAGCUUUUAAAACACUCAUCUUUAUAAACUGCCCUUGUUUCUAUUCCAGCCCUGUUGGAAGCUGUUCUUCAUAUGAAGACAAAACCAUCCCUAUUGAUCUGACUUUCAAUGCUUUCUUUACGUUCUAUUUUGGGUUGAGAUUUUUGGCAGCUGAUGACAAGAUCAGGUUCUGGUUGGAGAUGAAUUCAAUUGUAGACAUAUUUACCAUUCCACCAACCUUUAUUUCAUAUUAUUUGAAGAGUAAUUGGCUAGGUUUAAGGUUCUUAAGAGCAUUGCGGCUGCUAGAGCUCCCUCAAAUCUUGCAAAUUCUGAGAGCCAUCAGGACCAGCAAUUCAGUGAAGUUUUCCAAAUUGUUAUCAAUAGUUCUCAGCACCUGGUUCACGGCUGCUGGGUUCAUUCACCUGGUGGAGAAUUCUGGUGAUCCCUGGCUCAAGGGUAAAAAUUCACAGAAUUUAUCAUAUUUUGAGUCCAUUUACCUGGUCAUGGCAACAACGUCAACUGUUGGCUUCGGAGAUGUGGUAGCCAAGACAUCCCUAGGACGGACCUUCAUUAUGUUCUUCACUCUGGGGAGUUUGAUACUAUUUGCAAAUUAUAUCCCCGAGAUAGUGGAACUCUUUGUUCACCAGAGGAGAUACACCAGUUCUUACGAAGUGCUCAAAGGAAAGAAGUUCAUUGUGGUCUGUGGAAACAUCACUGUGGACAGUGUAACUGCUUUCCUGAGGAAUUUUCUCCGUCAUAAAUCAGGGCAGAUCAACACCGAGAUUGUUUUUCUGGGAGAGGUUCCUCCUUCUUUGGAACUAGAAACCAUAUUUAAAUGCUACAUGGCCUACACAACUUUUGUUUCUGGAUCUGCAUUAAAGUGGGAAGAUCUGAGGCGAGUUGCGGUGGAAUCCGCGGAAGCAUGCCUGAUUAUAGCCAACCCCUUGUGCAGUGAUUCAAAUGCUGAAGACACUUCAAACAUUAUGAGGGUACUCUCUAUCAAGAACUAUUACCCUAAAACUAGAGUCAUCAUACAGAUACUUCAAUCCCAUAACAAGGAUUUUCUGCCAAAGAUUCCCAGCUGGAACUGGUCUACUGGAGACAACAUCAUCUGCUUUGCUGAAUUAAAGCUUGGACUUAUCGCCCAAGGCUGUUUGGUGCCAGGCUUAUGCACCUUUCUAACAUCUCUAUUUGUUGAACAAAACCAUAAGGUUUGUCCUAAACAGCCCUGGCAAAAAAUCUUUUUAAGUAGCCUGAAGAACAAAAUCCUGACUCAGCGUCUCUCUGAUGACUUCUCUGGAAUGACUUUUCCUGAAGUUUCCCGUGGCCUGAUGCUAAAUCCAUCUGAGGAGGUCAAGCUGCAUAAGAACACAUUAGGGUUCUUUAUUGCUGAUUCUGCAAAGAACGUCAAAAGGUAAUUUUAUUUUAUUGCUUCAAGGGGAGAAAGUCCUAACGCACACACAACCUAAUGGCAGGCAG